AUGGCACGUGGGCGCCCUGUGCCAUGGGCCCCUCUACGGCAUGCAGAAGAGCCGUGCCCGAAUGCGCGACCGCUCUCUACACACCAGCUCCUCGCGUGCGUGCUUGCGCAGUGGCGCGCCGCGCGGGUGGCGGGGCCCAGCACUGAGCUGAGCGACCGUGAUGCGUUCUUUGCUUCUAUGCCGUCGGCGUUUCCCACGGUGCCACUUUCAUGGGCAUUGGAUGGAGACACGCAGCUUUUGUCUGCGCUUCCACCACGCGCCGCCAGACUGCAUGACAAGGUACAGGCGCGGUUCGAGGCUGAUUGGCGGCGCCUCGACGCUCUUGAUGAGGCGACAAGAGCGUCCAUAUGGGCAUCCGUCAGUCGUCCAGGGAUUCCAGCCGUGCGUCCCCGCAAAGCCGAUGUGUUAUGGGGCUGGCUGUGCGUCAACUCGCGCUGCGUGUAUGUGGACCUUCGCUACGUCAGGCACGAGGACAAUUUCACGUUAGCGCCGCUCCUGGAUAUGGCCAAUCACACGUUUGUGCAGGGGAAGCAGUGUAAGGUGCGCUAUUCGGCGGAGGGUAUGGAGCUCUGUGCGCCGGCUCAGUGCGGGCUGCAGGCCGGCGACGAAGUGUGCAUUACCUAUGGUCCGCACACCAAUGCCACACUGCUGACCGAGUAUGGCUUUCUGCUAGCGCCGAGGGAUGCCCUGCGAGGCGCUAGUGCUUGGGACGGCAAUCCACAUGCCGAGCUUGCGGUCGACGACGCCAUUGCCGAGCGAUUCCGCGCCGAAGGUGACGAGGGGGCAUGGAAGGUGCAGCGGCUCAAGGAAGAGGGGUACUCAGGCGACUAUACGAUGCAUCCUGAGCCAGCUCCGGCGCAUGUAUCGCACCGUCUCCUCAUGGCCCUGUGGCUCUUGUCGAUGGCCAUGGAGAAUAAGCAUACAACACAAAGGCUGUCGCUCAGGGCCCGAGCUGCGUUGCAAGCAAAGCAGGGACUGCGCUGCGUGUAUAGCCCCAAGGAAGCUGCGCGCCAAUGGAAACAAGUCACGUAUGGCAUGCCAGACAGCCGUCAUGAAAGGCCGAUGCGUGAUGUUCUGUGCCGCCUAUGUACUGAAAUGGCAGAGCAGCGGAGUGCGCUCUUGGAACAGCUUCAAGGUCGACACGAUGAGCCUGCGAGUCUAGUCCGGCUUCUGCUCGAGGAAGAACGCGACAUCGCCCAUCGAGUUCAGACAAGUGCCGAGCGCGGUGAAGCCUGGUAA